AUGAAGUUUGACAAUGUGAUGGCAGAGAUCAAUGGCUUUGGCAGAUUCCAAAAAAGGAUGUUCAUCUUGAUGGUAAUUCCUCGUAUGACUUUGCCAUUACACUUCCUGUUGAAUAAUUUCAUUGCAGCUAUUCCCCCUCACCACUGCAACAUCAGCUCUCUGGAUGAUGGAGGUCUUUUUAGGAAUCUAUCUCUGGAGGACAGGCUGGUUGUUAGUGUUCCUGUCCAGCAGGAUGGGACUCCGAACUCCUGUCAAAUGUUUGCAGAGCCGCAGUAUCAUCUGCUGUUCAACUUUUCCAACUUAACUGACCUUCCAACAGUGCCGUGUCAGAAUGGAUGGAUGUUCGACACAACCACCUUCAAGUCUACUCUGGCCACAGAGUGGGACCUGGUUUGUGAUAAGAAAACAGUGAACAAAGCCACGGCCACUAUUUUCUUCAUUGGGGUCAUGAUUGGAGCUGCAGUAUUUGGUUAUCUUAGUGACAGAUUUGGCCGGAAAAAAAUGCUUCUGUUGUCCUACAUGAUAACCUCCGUCUUUGGAUUUGCAAGUGCUUUCUCAUACAAUUUUCCCAUGUUUGCUGCCAUGAGGUUUUUUACUGGACUUGGAAUUUCUGGAAUAAGUAUAAUCAGCAUAGUUCUCAGUAUUGAAUGGGUGGACAUCAGGCAUCGAACCAGAGUGGGUGUUUUAAUAAGCCUGGACUGGAGUGUUAAUACUGCUUUGCUCCCUGUUCUGGCCUAUUUUGUGAGGGACUGGAGGUACCUGACUGCUACUGUCACCACCCCACUGCUUGUGGCUAUGAUCAGUUGGAGGCAAAAUGGACUCGGUUACUGCUCCUUCAUGGCGCGUAUCGGUGUGUCUCUAGCCCCCCUGAUC